UGGUCGCUUAGCAGCGGGUAAAAAUGUCGCCGUCAGACCCGUUGAACUGUCGGAGCCUUUUUCAUUAAACGGUCCUUUUUAUCAGCGGAGCAGCGGAGCAGGACGAUGCGGCUCGUAGCGGCCUCAGCGGCUCUACCGGGACCCGCCGGGGCGGCAGAGUAGCCUCCCCCCGGCCCGAGGCUCCGAGUCCGGCCGCAGCAGAUGGAUCCUCGGCGGCUGAAGGCGGAAGACUGCGCACCAACACACCGACACCCCGAGCACCGCGAGCCGCCGCCCGGGCAGACAGCGGCCGAUCCACCAGGUUUUAAGGACAACAGAAGAAACGUUUCCACUGACUGAUCCUCCUUUAUGGAGCGACGACAGGACGACUUGAACUGAGAACGCUUUAACUCUCUCCUCGACGCAUCGCUCCGCCGUCAGGAUGGCGAGCCGGAGGAAGUCCACCACGCCCUGCAUGGUCCCGCCCCGGGAGCCCGCCGACUCGGACCAAGAGAUGGAGGACUUGACGGAGGCGGCCGAGCCGGAGGACAGUAACGGCGUGGCAGGCACCUCCUUGGAGCCUUCGGGCCCGCUGGAGGAGCGGGGCGAGGACGGCGAGGCCCGGCCGGGGGCGGAGCUCUACCUGGACGCCACCUCCACGGAGGGAGGCUACGAGUGCAAAUACUGCAACUUCCAGACGGCCGAGCUGAACCUGUUCACCAUGCACGUGGACACGGAGCACCCCGACGUCGUCCUCAACACCUCGUACGUCUGCAUGGAGUGUGACUACCACACCAAGAGCUACGACACGCUGCUGGCCCACAACGCCCGCCUCCACCCCGGCGAGGACAACUUCACGCGGACGAUGGUGAAGCGUAACAACGAGACGGUCUUCCAGCAGACGGUCAACGACCUCACCUUCGACGGCAGCUUCGUCAAGGUGGAGGACGACGAGGCGGAGGACUCGUCCCGCAAGAGCAUCGCGCUCAGCAAGACGCCCAUCAUGAGGAUCCGGAGCCGCGCCGAGCCCAAGAAGUUCACGGCCGCGCACAAGAUGGCGCUGGACGACGUCAUCAAGGUGGAGAGCGACGAGGACGAGGACGAGGAGAACACGGAGCCGCCCACGCUGUCCCCGGCGCCGACCGGCCUGGCCACGCCACGCCUCGUCCCCGUGUCCUCGGCGCCGCUGCAGGUCCACGCCGUCCCGCAGAGCAUCGUGGUCAACAGCCCCAACGUGCUGCAGAUCAAAGGCGGGUCGGGCGGCGGCGCCGUGCUGCCUCCCGGGACGCUGGCGCAGGUUCUGUCGGCGCUGCAGAACCAGCAGAACGCCACGCAGACGCAGCUGCUCAUCCCCAUCAGCAGCAUCCCGACGUACAACACGGCCAUGGACAACAACGUCCUGCUGGUCAGCGCCUACAACAGGUUUCCGUACCCGUCGGUGUCGGAGAUCAUGGGUUUGUCUUCACAGACGAAGUUCAGCGAGGAGCAGAUUAAAGUCUGGUUCUCUGCUCAGAGGCUGAAACACGGAGUCAGCUGGACGCCGGAGGAGGUGGAGGAGGCGAGGAGGAAGAAGUUUAACGGCACGGUGCAGACCGUCCCUCAGACCAUCACCGUCAUCCCCGCCAACAUCGCCGCCGCCACCAACGGCCUCCAGUCCAUCUUCCAGACGUGUCAGAUCGUGGGCCAGCCGGGCCUCGUGUUGACGCAGGUGGCCGGUAACGGCGGCACCAUGCCGGUCGCCUCCCCCAUCACGCUGACGGUCGCUGGCGUCCCCGGCAACCAGCCGAAGGCCGCCGAGCCGUCGACGUCCGAGUCAAAGACGGAGCUGUCGGCCUCGGCGGCCGGCGCGGCGGCGCUCAGCUUGGACGCGGCGUCGGCGGCCAAACCGAAAAAGUCAAAGGAGCAGCUGGCGGAGCUGAAGGCGAGCUACGGGCGGCGCCAGUUCGCCACGGAGGCGGAGAUCUCGCGACUCAUGCAGGUCACCAAACUCUCCAAACGAGCAAUAAAGAAAUGGUUCAGCGACACGCGCUACAACCAGCGCAACUCCAAGGACCACCACGGCGUGCUGCUGAGCGAAGCCCCGCCCAGCCGAGCGGCGGCCAGCGGCCGCGGGGGACGGAGCAGCAGCGGCGGCAGCCUUAACGACAGCAGCAACAGCAGCACGGCCGCCGCCACCACCAUCGUCAUCGACUCCAGCGACGACGCCAGCGACUGCUCGCCGACCUCGGCCGGCGCCCCGUCGGGCUCCCACAGCGACCCGCGGGUCAAGUUCCGCCACGCCUUCCCCGACUUCACGCCGCAGAAGUUCAAGGAGAAGACGCCGGAGCAGCUGCUGAUCCUGGAGGCCAGCUUCCAGAAGUCGGACACGCCCGCCGACGAGGAGCUGAGCCGGCUGCGCGCCAAGACGAAGCUGACGCGGCGCGAGGUCGACGCCUGGUUCACCGAGCGCCGGAAAAUGCCGCUAGGGACGCCGUCGAAGGAGGACGAGGACGAGGCGGACGGCGAGAAGAAACCGGGCGGCGGCGGCGUGCACUCGUCCUCGGCUCAGGAGCGGCAGGUGACGCCGCCCGGCAGCAGGAAGGCGGUGAAGAAGACGCCGGAGCAGCUCCACAUCCUGAAGAAGGCCUUCGUCCGCACGCAGUGGCCGACCUCCGAGGAGUACGACCAGAUGGCGGACGAGAGCGGCCUGCCGAGGACGUACAUCGUCAACUGGUUCGGAGACACCAGAUACGCCUGCAAGAACAGCAACCUCAAGUGGUACUACCUCUACCAGAGUGGCAAGGUGGACGAGGCGCUGAACGGAGGAGCGAAGACCCAGAAGAAGUCGAGGAAGCGUUUCCGUGGUUGGUCCAGGAGGACGCGCCGGCCGUACCCCUGCAAGCGCUCGCCACAGGGGGGCGCCACCGCCAUCAAGGUGAAGUCGGGGAAGUCGUUCCUGAAGGACUACUACCUCAAACAUCGAGCUCUGAGUGAGAAAGACCUGGACGACCUGGUGACCAAGUCCAGCAUGAGCUACGAGCAGGUGAGGGACUGGUUCUCUGAGACCGCCAGGAGGGUGGAGGAGGGCAGGGAGGCCUUCAGCGACGAGGAGAACCAGGGGGAAGAGGAGGACGAGGAGGAGGAGGAGGAAGAAGAAGACGAGGAGGAGGAGGAGGGGGAGGAGGAAGAGGAGGCAGCAGCAGCAGAGCAGGCAGAGAGUGAAGGAGAGAUGGAGGUGAAGGAACAAGGAGAGGAGGCCCUUGACUGCAACGAGGAAGAGGAGGAAGAGGAGGAGGAGGAGGAAGCAGAGGAGGAGGAGGAGGAGGAGGAGGAAGAAGCGAUCCAGGAGGAAUCUGAAGGCGACAGCCAAUCACAGCCUCAGGCCGAGGAGGAGCAGACAUGAGCAGACAGCAUCGCCGUGGAGACGACUCGGAGGACGAUAACGUGUCAGUGUUUCUCAGCUGGCGGCUCGGGACCCAAAGAUGGCCGCAGGAGCCUCAGACGGACGAUGUGAGAACUGAAAGGACGCUCUGAGCCUGGGAGGACCAGAGUCUGGUGGAGCUGCAGCUGAGAAUCACUGAGACGGAGAAUAAACGGACAGACGAGAGUUUGUGCUGCCGCACCGCCGGGACCAAACCCAACGAGAGUAAGUCGCUCCGCUCCUCCACAAACAAGGCUUUUAUUUUGGUGAGGAUGACAGGGCUUUUAUUUUGGCCCUUUUUUUGUGUCAUUUUUCUUACAAAAAAAAGAGAAAAAAAAUGGAUGUUUUUAAAGAGGUGAGACCUCGCAUGGUUUUCUCAUUUAAAUAACUUUUUUCAGAAUAACGGACCAUUUUCUGAAGGGAACGUCCCCAAACAAUGAAACAUUUUGCUGUUCUGAAAUAAUAAAAAAAAGAAAAAGGUUUUUAAAGCCGUACUGUUUUAUUUUUUAUUUUUCUGUGUUGUGAAUAGACAACUCAAAUUAGUGCCAUUCUGUUUAAAGUUCUUGUUUUAAAUCAAAAGAAAUCAAAAGCUGGAGUGAUUUCCACGUCAGCGUUAUUACUUUUUUUUUUUUUUUUUUAAAGUCUGAACGACAUAUAAACAUAAUGGGGACUGAAUCCAUUAUACUGUUCUUAUAAUAUUAUGAGUUCUUUUUGAAUAUGGUGAUCAUUUCCAUGUGAGCAGGUGUUUGGGUCCAUUCAGUUUCAAUCAAAUCAAGUCAGCUUGUUAAUUUCCCUCCGAGGAUAAAAUCACUGACGGAUGGAGGAAAACAAGGGAAAAUCCACCUUAAAACUCCUUUUUUUAUACAUUAAAAGUUAUUUUAGUCAAAUUAAAACACAAUUCAACUAUGUAAGUUGUGUGCAAUGAAUGGCCGUUAACUUAAGUAAUUCACCAUCACAAAUACACAAAAAAAUGCCGAAAAAUUCAACUAAAUAUUGCAUUUUUGAGGCAAAUAUUGUACUUUUUUACACUUUUUUUUACACUCAAUUAGCUGCCAGCUUCAGUUACUUUUCAAGUCGAGAUUGAACAUAAAAAACACACUUAAUUUUUAAGUGAAAAGCCAAUUUAUGACAAGUUCUAAGGUUUUAAAUAAACCUCAUAACAGUAUAUCAAGUAGUUAAAAUGAGCCCUACCUAAAAUAAAUUAAAAAAAUGCAUCAAAAAUAAUAAUCCAAUCAUAUAUUUUGGAAUUAUUUAAGUACAUUUUGAACUUUCCCCCACUGCAAAACCAAAAUAUUUAGUCAGCAGGAAGUUAAACUGCUGGACAAACUUAAAGCUACUGUUUCUUUGUGCCUCAUGUCUGAGGCUUUUAUUGUGAAAGGAUAGACUGGUAUGUGCCAAAGAAGCUAAAAAGAGGAGAAGUAACGGUCAAAUGACCCGUAUGACGACUAUAAUUUUUUUUUUACGAUACUGUAGCAUGUCGAUUUUUGUCAAAAUUUGUCAAACUUUUAAAAUGUCAUAAAUAGGUCAAUUAUGGUCUGUUGAUACAUAUUAAGGCAUAAUAUGGCCAGAAAUUAAAGAAUUUUUUUUUUUGGGAUGUCAAAAAAUGACAUAAAAAAACUCAUACUAUAGCAUGUCGAUUUUGUCAAAAAUGGUCAAAUUUUAAAAUGCAUAAAAAUGCUUCAAAAGGGUUAAUUAUAGUCUAUUGAUACCCAUUAGAGCAUAAUAUGGCCAGAAAUAAUCCCCUCAAGAAAAAGUCAUAGUAUAACAUGUCGAUUUUUGUCAAAAAUGUGAAACAUUUUAAAAUGCCAAAAAAUGCUUGAAAUGGGUCAAUUAUGAUCUGUUGAUACUUAAAGUUUGUCCAAAAAUAGCAAAAAAAACACCAUAUUAUGAGAUGUCCAAGAAUGACCCCUUCAAAAUAAAGUCCGACUAUAAUUAGUUAAAAUGAGCCCGAGCUUUACUGAAUUAAAAAUAAUUAUCCAAUAUUAUAUUUGGAAUUAUUUCAGUACAUUUUGAACUUUUCCACCACUACAAACAUAAUAACAAUAAGGUUAUUAUUGCUUUAUGAGCGUUUUAUUGAGUUUUUGCUGAUUUAACUGUUAUUUUCGUCUCUCUGUUAAACACAAACUGACCUUCAUGAAGCUCCUGCAGCACAUUUAGUUUCUCCUCUGACUUCAUCCAACACAAAUAAAACAUUCAGCUCCUUAAACACGAACAUCUGGAACUCUGGGAAAUGAUUCUGCCGAGUUAUGACAACAUAUUAAUCACAGGCAGAUUAAUCAGAGUGGUUAAUGGUUCAUAAUGUCUCAUUCUGUCUGACCAACAAUAUAAAAAACACAUUAUUUCAUUUAUUAUCAUAGAAAACACAGAGAAUUAGGAACCUUGGGCUCAGAUGAAUUAUGAACGCUAUUUAUGACUAUUUUCUGACAUUUUAUGUUAAAAAAAAAAAGGUGAUUAUGGAAAUAAGAGGCUGAUGAAUCGAUAUUUUAAACAGAAGUUUAAAAACCCAAAUACUCAGUUUAUAAUGAAACAAAGAGAAGCAGGAAGGUUAAACUCUGGGGAGUUAUUCUGACUAUUUAUCACAGUUUGAUGACGUUUUAUGUCAAAUAAAAUAAUAAUGUUAAUUCAGGAAAUUAGGAGCUAAUUAAUCAAAAUUUAAAAUGGUAUUUAAUGUCUUAUUUUGUCCAGCCAACAGCCAAAAAAACAUAAAAUAUUCAGUUUAUAAUGAUAUUAAACAAAAAGAAGUACAAAACUAUUAUGGACAAAUAAUUAUAUAAUAUUUAUAUUUAUUAAUUAAUAAAAAAACAAGCUAUUUAACAGGGUUAUUCUUCUCUUUUCUACAUUAAGUGCAAAUGCCAUGAACAUUUUUAAUUACUUUUAUUACAAUUAUUAACCAUAAAAUUGGCGUUUAAAUCUGUCAAUUAAUUUAAUGGGACAUUAUGGAUUUUUUUCCACUAUUAUUCAAUUUGUUAAUUGUUUUUUUAAAGUUAAAUUACACUGAAUUCUAUAAAUAAAUAAAAAAUCAUUGCUGAAUGUCAAAUUAAGAAAACUUUCUGCUGAAAAUUUAAAUUUAAUGUGAAAAUAAAUCGUAAAAACUUAAUAAAAAACCUUUACAGGUGUAUAUUUUUUUCUUAUACAGAUAUUUACUGACUAUUUUCUGUAUUUUGAAAUAACUGCUUUGAUGGUGUUUGGCAACUUUUAAGUUUUUUAAAUAUUUUUUUUUACAGUGUACUCCCAUAAAAAACAACAAAAAUGUAUUGACAUGCAAAUAAUCCUUUUUUUUUUAAUGCCCCGGUGUGUAAAGGCCUUCAGAAUAAAAUAAAAUAAAAUAAAUCAUAUUGCUGAAUGUAAAAUUCAGGCAACUUUCUUACAGUAAAAAUGUAAAUAAAAUGUAAAAAUAAAUUGUUAAAAGUACUAAAGAAAAACUUUCUACAGAUGUUUUUUUUAAUACAGAUAUUUAUAUCUGUAUUUCUAAAAAAUAUUAUUAGUGAAAGAACUGAUUUGACAUAAUUAAUCGUAAUAAGUAAUAAUAAAAAAACAUGUUAUUUGAUAGUGUUAGGCAGCUUUUUUUACAGUAUACUCUCGAAAAAUCAACAAAAAUAUAUUGACAUACAAAUAAUCACUUUUUUUUUUUUUUAAACGCCCCCAGUGUGUUAAGGCCUUCAGAAUAAAAUAAAAUAAUCUAAACUUUCUGUUUUCUUACAGUAACAUUUUUUAUUUAAUGUAAAAUUAAUCUGUUUUUAAACUUUUUUUUUUUUUUUUACAGUGUUCUCACGAAAAAAACAAAUUUAUUGACGUGCAAAUAAUCCUUUUCCUUUUUUUUAACGUCCCUGGUGUGUAAAGCCCUUCAGAAUAAAAUAAAAUAAAUCAUAAAUUUAAAUUUAAAAAAAUGUGUUUUUAAGGUGGAUUUUUCCUUGGACCUCUUCUACAUAAAGAACUCCAAAAAAAAAAAAAAAAAAAAAAAAAAAAAAGAUGUCGGAGGUUGUUACAGAUUGAACUUGAGUCACUUUUCACUCUUUUUUUUUUGACACGUUUCCAAAUAAUUUCUUCUUAUUAUUAUUUUAUUUUUUUAAAUAAACAACAACAAGCAGAUUUUAUUGAUGGACUUGAAAGGGAGAUGAACCCAAAUACUGUUUUGUGUCUUUGUCCAAAAAUUUAAAAAAAGAAAAUAAGAAAAAAGGCAUGUGUGCUCUACUUCAGGAAAAACAGGCAACUUUACCUCAGUCCGUUAAGCUACAAACUCGGUAAGAUUGUGACAUUUACACUUUUACGACAGUUUUUCUUUUUUCUAGAGAAUAAUUCAAAUACUGUAUGCAUGAAAAAAAAAUACGAGUACACAAUAAUAAUUAUGUCUUUCAGAUUUCAGAUGGCGUUUUUAUUCUCUUUUUUUUGUCUGUUUUUGUCCUCGCCACCAAAGUAAGUGAAUCACUUUAAAAUAAAGUAAAAAAAUAAAGAAGAAGACAUAGUUAUUAGUGCGUUUAUUUGCUCAAAUACGGGUGAAACUAGUCAAAUAAAACAAUAUCUUUCAGGUUUUCCACAAGAAUUACAGACGAUAUUUUAGGGACGAGAAACCACGGCUCCCACGGGAACUUUUUAUCUUUUCAUAUGUGGGGUUAGAAAACAAAAAAAAAGAAGAACUAAGCUUUUAUUUUGCUUCUCGGCUCUCUUCCUGUGUUUUCUGUAGGACUGUUAGAUAUGCAAACAUCACAGAACAAUCAGCGGGUGAUCGGUGGUUUGGGUUUUUUAUUGAUACUCUGUACGUUACGCCUUUCUGCCAUUCUUUACAUCGCUUUAAUAGCCAACAGUUUCAGUAGUUAAUUUAUUUAUUAUAUCUGGACUUUCAUGGAUAUCUUUUUUUGUCUGCAAGCAAAAAAUAAAAAGUGAAAAAAUCA